CUGGCCUUCGGAGCGGACAGGCCGUGGCGGAGCCGCGGGGACCCCGGGAGCUGCGGGGACCCCGGGAGCCACGAUCCGGAGCGCGCGGCCCGCCCCACCCCUGGUGGGGGUUACGCGACUGCGGAGGGGGUGCGGGGAGGAGGCUGUGUGGUUCCCGCGGCCAAAGCCGCGCUGGGAGGCGAAGUGCGCGGGCCGAGCGCGGCUCGGGCGACGGCGGAAGCCUUAGGGGCCACUUGAAUGGAGGCCGAGGGCUUCGUUGGCAGCCGCCAUGUUCAACCAGCAGCAGCAGCAGCAGCUCCAGCAGCUCCAGCAGCAGCAGUUGCUGCAGCUCCAGCAGCUGCUCCAGCAGUCCCCACCGCAGGCCGCACUGCCCAUGGCCGUCAGCAGCACACAGGGGGCUCCCCCAGCAGCAGCCACAGCAGCAGCUCCUGAAUCUCCAGGGCACCAACUCAGCCUCCCUCCUCAACGGCUCUGUGCUGCAGAGAGCUUUGCUUCUGCAGCAGUUGCAAGGACUGGACCAGUUUGCAAUGCCACCAGCCACGUAUGACAGUGCCGGUCUCACCAUGCCCACGGCAACAUUGGGUAACCUCCGUGGCUACAACCUGGCAACCCCAAACCUGACAGCUCCCAGCCUCACACCCCCGCAGCUGGCCACCCCAAAUCUACAGCAGUUCUUUCCCCAGGCCACUCGGCAGUCCCUGCUGGGCCCUCCUCCUGUUGGGGUCCCCAUAAACCCCUCCCAGCUCAACCUUUCAGGGCGGAACACCCAGAAACAGGCCCGGACCUCCUCUACAACCCCCAAUCGCAAGGAUUCUUCUUCUCAGACGAUGCCUGUGGAGGACAAGUCGGACCCCCCAGAGGGGUCUGAGGAAGCCGCAGAGCCCCGAACAGACACACCUGAAGACCAAGAAUCUCCCCACUGCCCAGAUGGCAUCACUAAGGAGAAACGCGCUGCAGCAUCUGAGCCUGAGUCUUGUGCAGCGUCUGAGCCACCAGCUAAAAGGUCAAAGAGCUCAGAGGAGCCCACAGAGAAGGGGACCCCAGGGCAGCUGCAGGCAAAGGUCCAGCCACAGGCCCGGUUGAUGGCACCAAAGCAGACACAGACAACCGAGCUGCUGCCUGAGUCACUGGAAGCUCGAGUGCUGCCACGAUUUCAGCCACGAGUUCUGCAGAUCCAAGCCCAGGUGCCGCCACAGACUCAGCCACAGACUCAGCCACAGAUGCUACCAUUGAAGGCCCAGGUGCAGCCAAAGCUGCAGAAGCAGGCACAGACACAGACUUCUCCAGAGCACUUAGUACUGCAACAGGAGCAGCUGCAGCUGCAGAAGGAGGCAGAGUCACAGAAACAGGUGCAGCCACAGGCACAUUCACAGUCCCCAAGGCAGGUGCAGCCACUGCUGCAGAAGCAGGCACAGACGCAGACAUAUCCACAGGUCCAGACAGAGGCUCAGCCGAGGGUCCAGCCGCUGGAGCUACCACUGGAGCAACCUCCAGUGCAGUUGCCAGUACAGCCACUGGAGCCAAACCAGAGACAGCCUCAGACUCAGCCACAGGUGUCGGUGCCAGCACUGGAGAAAGCCCCAGUUCCGGUUCACUCUGCAGUGCUGGAGACGCCGCCCGAUACGGUGGAAGCUGGAGCAGGCCUGGAGGAGGCCUCGCCGGAGCCAGUGGGCGCCCAGGUUGGCCUGGAGGAGAGCCAGGAAGAGUUGACCAGUGGCCUGGAUGUGGGAGAAUGUGAAAAAAGAGCAAGAGAGAUGCUGGGGGUGUGGGGUGCCGGGGGCUCCCUGAAGGUCACCAUCCUGCAGAGCAGUGACAGCCGGGCCUUUAGCACCGUACCCCUCACGCCUGGGCCCUGGUCCGGAGACUCUACCUCUGCUACCCCUGUGGCGGCCAGCAUGCCCUCCAAGCAGGCCCUUCAGUUCUUCUGCUACAUCUGCAAGGCCGGCUGCAGCAGCCAGCAGGAGUUCCAGGACCACAUGUUGGGGGCCCAGCACCAGCAGCGGCUCGGAGAGAUCCAGCACAUGAGCCAAGCCUGCCUCCUGUCCCUGCUGCCUGUGCCCCGGGACGUCCUGGAGCGAGAGGACGAAGAGCCUCCACCCAGGCGCUGGUGCAACACCUGCCAGCUCUACUACAUGGGGGACCUGAUCCAGCACCGGAGGACACAGGACCAUAAGAUCGCCAAACAGUCCCUGCGGCCUUUCUGCACUGUUUGCAACCGCUACUUCAAGACCCCCCGCAAGUUUGUGGAACAUGUGAAGUCCCAGGGGCAUAAGGACAAAGCCAAGGAGCUGAAGAUGCUCGAGAAAGAGAUUGCCAGCCAAGAUGAGGACCACUUCAUCACGGUGGACGCCGUGGGCUGCUUUGAGGGCGAUGAAGAAGAGGAGGAGGACGACGAUGACGAAGAAGAGAUCGAGGUUGAGGAGGAGUUCUGCAAGCAGGUGCGAUCCAGAGAUAUAUCCAUAGAGGAGUGGAAAGGCUCGGAGACCUACAGCCCCAACAUGGCAUACGGUGUGGACUUCCUGGUGCCCGUGAUGGGCUACAUCUGCCGCAUCUGUCACAAAUUCUACCACAGCAACUCAGGGGCGCAGCUCUCCCACUGCAAGUCCCUGGCCCACUUUGAGAACCUGCAGAAAUAUAAGAAGGCCAAGAACCCCAGCCCCACCACCAGGCCCGUGAGCCGCCGGUGUGCAAUCAACGCCCGGAACGCCCUGACUGCUCUGUUCACCUCCGGUGGCCGCACACCCACGCAGUCCAGCACCCAGGACACAGCCAAAACCCCCAGCAAGGUGACAGCCCAACCCGCUCAGCACCCACUACCCCGGCGCUCAAGCCGCCUCAAAACCUGACGGAGGGAGUGGCCCACAGCUGCCCCGUCUGGGUCCAGAUCUGCUACGCUUUUUAGGAGUCUGUGUGGAGACUGUGACAUGGUUGGUGUUUUUACUCAAAAUCCAAUAAAAGAAGGUAGUUUGGCUGCACAGUCCCCAGCA